AGGGGUUUGGGAUGCAGCAGAGAGGGAGCUGCGCCGGGUAUUUCGCAGCCCCGCAGCCAUGGGGGGCGGCUCUUUCAUCCUGGUCCUCGCCCUCGCCAUGGCCCUGGCAGAGAGUCUUGCUCCUGCAGAGAGGAAGUGCCAGCUCAGCGGACUGUGGAGGAAUGACCAGGACUCUCUGAUGGAGAUUUCGGUGUUGAGGGACAACGGGGACUUCCAGGGACAAUACCUUACACGAGUCACCCUCUCUGGGGGCUGUGCCCAAAUCUCCCCCCUGCGGGGUGCCCAGCAGCAGCUUGGAGAGGAGGGCUGGCCCACCUUUGCCUUCACUGUCCGCUGGGACAAGUUCUCCAAUGCCACCACCGCCUUCGUGGGGCAAUGCUUUGUGGAUGCAGGUGGAAAGGAGAUACUGAGCACCAUGUGGCUGCUGCGUGAAGCUGCUGGGUCACUUGAGGAGGACUGGAAAGCUACAAGGGUGGGCAGAAAUGUCUUCACACGCAAACGCACCACAAAAGGAAAGAUCCUGCCAAACUUGUCCCCUCCCUGUGAGGCUGUGUCUCCAGGCCCAUGAUGGGAUGGUCUGGCUGCAGCCUAGCCCCUCAACAAGGCAAGAAAAACCUACCUCCCAGUUGAGAAUAAAAUUUUAAAAUCA